AAAGUAUGCUAGUUUAUAUCUGAAAUCGCGAAACCAGCUUUCCAUCUCCCUGAAUUAAGUUACAAGUGAUAUGAAGGAAAACAAAAUGAAUUCAUUGAAUUUUGUAAUUGUGUCAAUUUUGUAUUGUUUUGGAGAGAUUUGCAAAGGUCAGGAAGUUUUUAUUUCACAACAUGAGACGAAAUGGAACCAGUCUACAUGCACCUUGGCACAACCAAAUGUAACCUGCAGAGGUGAUGGCUCAUGCAUUGUUGAAAACGGUUUGGAAUUUCUUACAAAUGCAGAAUAUCAAGAUAAUGGAUUAUGGAUUGGAUAUGCCAAAACAUGGAUAAGUUAUGCUUAUGUUGGAUGUGAGAAAUCGAACACUGGAGCCCAAUAUUCUGUUUCAACUCUUGGCGAAUGUAGACGUACAACAGGAUGCCAUACAUUCGGUAUACGAAAAUCAACAACGGGCUUGCGAUGUAAAUGCACAAGUAAUGACAAUAAGCGGAAACAAACAUGCGGACGAAAAUGUGAAGAAGCUGAUCAAUAUCCAUGUGGUGGCACAGCCGACACCGACAUAUUUUCAUAUUACACUGUAGAAAACGUUCCGCCUAGCAAUAAUUCGCAAGAUAUUCACCAAAACUGCCUACUGUUCUACUAUAAGCACAAACCUGGAUAUGAUUAUUAUUGGAAGCCAUGCACUUCAACAGCCUACCCAAAGAUAUUAUGCAGCAACAAAUAUUUUUCAGAUAAAAAGGCGAAGGCGGAAUUAGACGAUCAAAGUGAGGGAAAUUGGGCACAGGCUGUUGAAAUCUGCGCCGAUAAAGGAAAAUUCCCUGCAUCGAUACGAAGUAUAAACAAUGGAAAAUUUACAGACAAGGACAAGCAGGAACACUGGACAGGAAUAAUAAAAAAAGAAUCUAUAGUAUCUUUAAGGGAUAUGCAUGAUAUUAGCACCUAUCCACCAUUGACGUAUGCUUAUGUGGAGAAGAUCAACCAGACCUUUUACGUGAGAUUUGCCAACGAAGUUGACACGAAAAAAAGCUUGUGCGCAGGAGAUGGUCCAUCGGCAGGACCCACGAUGACGACACGAGCGACACAAUCAUCUUUUUCGGAAUCAACCACGACACUUGCCAAAAGUACAAUAGGUCCUACAUCACACGUGACGUCAUCCCAUAAUGUCAUAACAACAGACAUACAUUCGACGCAAGCACCAACAUUGGAUACAUCUACAACGCCAACAUCGCAUACGGUACCUGAAGGAACAACAGCGUCCUUAGAUAAAGAAAGAGGGGGAUCCACAGCAGGUCUCGCUGCUGGUUUGUCCGUUUCUCUGGUAGUGCUUAUCAUUGUGCCGGUCAUUGUGCUGGUUGUCUUGAAAAGAAGGGGACUUCUAACAAAGUGCUACACAACAAAGGAUGAAAAAGACAACCGCAACGAAGACACAAGAACAGAAAUUUCAUUCGUGUCAACACCGAUAUUUGAAUUUACUACGAACACAAUGAAUGACUUAACAGCCUCAAAUCAUUCUUAUUUUGUGCUUGAGAGCCAGUUUAAUAGGGAGACCGAACACUAUGCAGAGCUAGAUACGACCGAUGUUGACCAUUAUGACUCGACCGAAAUGUCUCAGAAAGACACUUCUGAUGAUUACGACACAACCGAUGCCAAAAAGGGCCCAGCCAAGUUUGAAUUGGCUAAGUCAAAUAACAAUUAUAACAAAGUCACGUUGCAUCAAUCUAAUGAGUACGAUCAUAUUCAUCAACAUGGAAGGCUGCCAAAGUCGGACAGACAAACUGAAAAUCAAUACGACAUAUCGAAUAAUCUGAUUGACGGCAAACCCAAUGAUAAUUUCGGAGAUGACAAGGAUACAUAUAACCAUUUGAGAAAACAUGAAUCGAAGAGCUCUGGCACAGAUAACGUCUAUGGAAAGUCAGAAACAGAUGGAAAUAGUGGAUAUGAAACUUCCAGUGCCCUUAAACCUCGCAUGAAUAUAGAUGCGAAUAAUCAGCAAGCUGAUUAUGCCGUGGUAAAAAAGCAAUGGUAGAAUAUUUUGCACAAGAAGUGAUCAAAUACCAUGAAAUAUGAAAGAAAUCGACAUUGCAUGCAGUGAUUGUCAACUAAACCAUUACACAUGUUUCCGAUCAGUCCUAUUCUUGUAGGUUUGCAUUCAUUACCAAGCGGAUCUUGCGGGCGUGUUUUAAGCUUUGAUUAACCUGUCCGCCUGAAGUAAAACCAAUGCAACAUGUUCAUGUAUGAACACUUAAUGUCGUAAUAAGACGCUUUUUAAGUUGUAAGUUCUGCAUUAUAUGUAGUUAAUUUGAUGUAUGAAGUUGAUUAACAAGCCGUCUACAUGUAUGUUGCACUUGAUUCAAAGUUAACUUGGUAAAUUUCCUUGAUUAACCAAUUUAAAAAUAAUGCUUAAGCAUUCUAUCCAAUUUUGCAUGUUUCUUUUUUAUCAUAUUAUGUACGUUCUGUGUUAAUAGCUGUUUCUUAUAGACAUAAACAUUUACGUCAGUUUUUAGCAAAUAAAGUAAUAAAAUUGA